GCAAGAGUAGAGUUAACAAGUAAAACCUCUUUGCAUUCACUUACCUCUAAGUUCUAUUCCGAUGGCCCCCGUACCCCUUUCUCCAGUCAAGGUUGGGCACAUUGAUGAUGUCCAAGAACUAAGAAACGCUAAACCAACUACAAUUCCAGAAAGAUUUGUAAGGGACAUGACAGAGAGGCCAACACUAGCCACAGCUCUAUCAUCAACUAGUGACAUUCCAGUUAUUGAUUUCUCCAAGCUUAUAAAAGGAGACAAAGAUGAAGUCCAUAGUGAAAUUUUGAAGCUUGGAAUAGCUUGUGAGGAGUGGGGAUUCUUUCAGGUAAUCAACCAUGACAUUGAGCUUAGUUUGCUUGAGAGCAUAGAGAAGCUGGCCAAGGAAUUCUUCAUGCUACCUCUGGAAGAGAAACAAAAAUACCCAAUGAUACCAGGGACUCUUCAAGGAUAUGGGCAGGCAUUUGUGUUCUCAGAGGACCAAAAGCUGGAUUGGUGCAACAUGUUUGCUCUUGGGGUUGAGCCCCAAUACAUAAGGAACCCCAAAUUAUGGCCAACAAAGCCAGCCAAGUUCAGUGAAACUGUAGAGCUUUACUCAAAAGAAGUGAGGGCACUCUGCAAUGAUCUGUUGAAAUAUAUAGCCAUGAGCCUAGGAUUGAGACAACAAGCCUUUGAAGAGAUGUUUGGGGUGGCUGUGCAGGCCAUUAGGAUGAACUACUACCCAGCAUGUUCAAGGCCUGACCUUGUUUUAGGUCUAAGCCCACAUUCAGAUGGAAGUGCCCUCACAGUGCUGCAGCAAGGAAAGGGCAGCUCAGUAGGACUGCAAAUCCUUAAAGAUAACACAUGGGUGCCUGUUCAGCCCAUCCCAAAUGCUCUAGUAAUCAACAUUGGUGACACAAUAGAAGUUCUUUCAAAUGGUAAAUACAAGAGUGUGGAGCACAGAGCAGUGACUCAUAAGGAGAAAGACAGACUCUCACUUGUCACAUUUUAUGCUCCUAGCUAUGAAAUAGAGCUUGGUCCAAUGCCAGAAUUUGUUGAUGAAAGCAACCCAUGCAAGUAUAGAAGGUACAAUCAUGGAGAGUACAGUAAACAUUAUGUAACAAGCAAGCUGCAAGGUAAAAAAGCCCUGGAUUUUGCCAAGAUUCACACAAAGAUCUCGAACUAGGAAGGCCCACUUAGCCCCCCUACCUUGGGAUACCCAUUAUUAAACUUUGUAUAAAGAGCACAAUAUGAUUAAGUAUCAGUUCUCUAUAUCUGGUAGAAAAAUAUAGACCAAAACACUAGUUAGUGGUAUUCUAUAUCAAUGAUCCACACUGAUUUUGAUAUAGAAUACCUUUUUUUUUUUUACCAAAAAAAAAAAGGUAUUCUAUAUCAAAAUCAGUGUGGAUCAUUGGACUGCACUGUUCAUGUGUAUCUCCUUUCUGUAUUAGCCGUGAAUUAAUGGAAUCUUUUCUUUUCAA